AGAAUGGUAGAUAGUUAUCAAUUACAACCCUCUUCCUCGAAGCUCUCCUUCAGCAUCAUCUUCUACAAACUAGAACUACAACUACAACUUUUGCCUCGUAAAAACCAUCCAAACGACGUAGUUUCGACGUACAUACACACAGAGGGAUGUCGUGCUUGGCGUCUUGCUGUGUUGCUUCGUCCUGUGGACUCUGCUCCUCCGUGGCCUCUGGGAUCUCCAAGGCAUCAGCUAGAAUCGCUUACUGUGGUAUUUUCGGCAUUUCACUCGUCGUUUCUUGGAUUCUCAGAGAAGUUGGAGCUCCCCUUUUGGAGAAAUUCCCAUGGAUAAGUGGUUCUGGUUCAGAAACUCACUCAAAGGAAUGGUAUCAGAUACAAGCAGUUCUUCGUGUGAGCCUGGGGAAUUUCUUGUUUUUUGCAGUAUUUGCUCUUAUAAUGAUUGGUGUAAAGGACCAAAAUGACAGACGCGAUUCAUGGCAUCAUGGUGGAUGGACUGCAAAGAUAGUGAUAUGGAUUUUGUUGAUCAUCCUCAUGUUUUUUAUGCCAAAUGUCAUCAUCUCGAUAUAUGGAGUUUUAUCAAAAUUCGGAGCUGGCUUAUUUUUACUUGUACAAGUGCUUAUUCUACUUGACUUUACUCAUUCAUGGAAUGAUGCUUGGGUUGAGAAAGAUGAACAAAAAUGGUAUGUUGCUUUACUUGCUGUAUCAGUUGUAUGCUACCUUGCUGCAUUUACACUCUCUGGACUUCUGUUCAUUUGGUUCAACCCCUCCGGUCAUGACUGUGGUCUCAAUGUCUUCUUUAUCGUGAUGACUAUUAUCCUUGCAAUUGCAUUUGGUAUUAUUGCCUUACAUCCCAAGGUUAAUGGCAGCCUCUUGCCUGCAUCUGUGAUAUCUAUUUAUUGUGCUUACAUUUGCUACACGGGUCUUUCUAGUGAACCUCGUGACUAUGCAUGCAAUGGUCUUCAUAACAAAUCCACAGCGGUAUCCACAAGUACCCUGAUUCUUGGGAUGCUGACAACUGUUCUUUCAGUUAUAUACUCGGCACUUCGUGCUGGAUCUUCAACAACUUUUCUUUCACCACCAUCUUCACCGAAGUCAGGUGCUACAAAACCUCUUCUUGAAGGUGAAGAGAUAGAAGAAGGGAAAGAAAAGAAGGAAAAUGAAUCACGACCUGUUAGCUAUUCAUACACAUUUUUCCACCUGAUAUUUGCCCUGGCUAGCAUGUAUUCAGCAAUGCUUCUUUCAGGAUGGACGAACGCAUACGAGAGCUCAGACCUGAUAGAUGUUGGAUGGACAUCAACCUGGGUCCGAAUAGCUACGGAAUGGGUUACUGCAGCUUUAUACGUGUGGUCCCUCAUUGCUCCUCUUAUCCUCCCUGAUCGUGAGUUCUUUUAGGUGCCUUGUUCAAAAAUGUUUCUGUCAUAACCAGAGUUUUAAUAGUUAAGUAGUUGUCAAUGGCGUUUGUUCAUGUAAUUAUGUUUUGUUCUUUUCCUUGGCUUAUGAGAAGAUCACUGAAUAACUUAGCUUGAUCUGGCUAGGAUGCAUAUGUAUAUGUAUAGAUGUGAUGGAGAUAUUAAAAUUGGAAGGGGAUGAAAUGUUGGUAUUGUAAUUUCAUAUAUCUUUUAAGGCCUAGUAUGCACUUAAAAUCUCCUGAUCUUGAAACAUUUUUCCUUUGCUUUGUAUUAGUUUCUUUCUAUCAAAUUGAGUUAGUCCUAUUUUAAAUAUUA